CCGCCCGCCGCCCCCCCCCAGGAUGCGGACAGCGCUCGUCGAGGGAGCCGGAGGAGGAGAGCCCCCCCGCGCGGGCCCCCGAGCCCCGGGACCCCCCCGGAGGCGGCGCUGCUGAUGCCGGUGUGUCUGUCCAGUGCAGCCGGACGUUGCUCCUGCUUCUGGCCCAAGAUGGAACGCAACAGACGCCCUUCCUCUGCCGGACGGCCCGCCUCUGCUUCUUGUUAAGACUGCCACGGCUCCUCCUCCUCCUCCUCCUCCUCCUCCUCCUCCUCCUCCUCCUCCUCCUCCUCUCCGCCUGCAACUGCAGCCUCUCCUGGUUGUUUCCUCCUCUUCCUCCUCUUCCUCCUCCUCCUCCUCUUCUGCUUUGGUUGCCUCCGUUCCUUUCUCUUCUGCUUCUGUGACGAAGACCCGUUUUCUCCCCCGGCGUCCUUUGCCCCGUGGAGGCCACCAUGUUCCUCUUGCCCCUGAGUCUCAUCCUGCGGGUGCUGAGCAUCCGGACGGGCUCAGCCCUCCUCUUCUGGCUUUUGGGGUUGGCCCUGCGCUCGCUGCCUCUUUCGGGGCAGAAACCUGAGGACAAGUACCCUGUGGUGCCUACCAAUUACGGGAAGCUGCGGGGGAUCAAGAAGGACCUUAACAACGAAAUCCUGGGCCCCGUCGUCCAGUAUCUGGGCAUCCCGUACGCCACGCCGCCCAUCGGGGAGAGACGUUUCCAGCCCCCCGAGGCCCCGGCUUCUUGGUCCGAGGUGCGCAAUGCGACAGCCUUUGCCCCCGUAUGCCCGCAGAACAUUCAUGGCAUGUUGCCCGGCAUUAUGCUCCCCGUCUGGUUCACCGACAACCUGGAGAUUGUGGCUGGCUACGUCCAGAACCAGAGCGAAGAUUGCCUCUACCUCAACAUCUACGUGCCAAUGGAGGACGGUCCGCUCACGAAAAAGCGUGACGAGGCGUCUACUAACAAUCCCACUCCAGACGAAGAUAUCCGGGACAGCGGGAAGAAGCCGGUCAUGCUCUUUAUCCAUGGUGGAUCCUACAUGGAGGGAACUGGGAACAUGUUCGACGGCAGUGUGCUGGCCGCCUACGGCAACGUGAUUGUGAUCACCAUGAACUACCGGCUCGGCGUGCUUGGCUUCAUGAGCACCGGGGACCAGUCUGCCAAGGGAAAUUAUGGCCUGCUUGACCAGAUCCAGGCCUUGCGAUGGCUGAAUGAGAACAUUGGCCACUUUGGGGGGGACCCCGAGCGGAUCACCAUCUUUGGUUCGGGGGCGGGGGCCUCGUGCGUCAAUCUUCUCAUCUUGUCCCACCACUCGGAAGGUCUGUUCCAGAAAGCCAUCGCUCAGAGUGGCACCGCCAUUUCCAGUUGGUCAGUGAAUUACCAGCCCCUCAAAUACACCCGCAUGUUGGCCUCCAAGGUCGGCUGUGACCACAUGGACACGGGGGAUACAGUGGAGUGCCUACGGCGCAAGCCCUACCGGGAGCUGGUGGACCAAGACAUCCAGCCAGCGCGCUACCACAUUGCGUUUGGCCCCGUGGUGGAUGGGGACGUGGUGCCGGACGACCCAGAGAUUCUGAUGCAGCAGGGCGAGUUCCUCAACUAUGACAUCCUCAUCGGCGUCAACCAGGGAGAGGGCUUGAAGUUCGUGGAGGACUCCAUGGAAAAUGAGGACGGCAUCUCCGCCAGCUACUUUGACUUCACCAUCUCCAACUUUGUCGACAACCUCUACGGAUACCCAGAAGGCAAGGACAUCUUGCGGGAGACCAUCAAGUUCAUGUACACAGACUGGGCUGACCGGGACAAUGGCGAGAUGCGCCGGAAGACCCUCCUGGCUCUCUUCACUGACCAUCAGUGGGUGGCUCCUGCUGUGGCCACUGCCAAGCUCCAUGCCGAGUACCAGUCACCCGUGUACUUCUACACCUUCUACCACCACUGCCAGACGGACACUCGGCCUGAGUGGGCUGAUGCCGCCCACGGAGACGAGAUCCCGUACGUCUUUGGGGUGCCCAUGAUUGGUGCGACGGACCUCUUUCCCUGCAACUUCUCCAAGAACGAUGUCAUGCUGAGCGCCGUCGUCAUGACCUACUGGACCAAUUUUGCCAAGACUGGGGAUCCGAACCAGCCGGUGCCCCAGGACACCAAGUUCAUCCACACAAAGCCCAACCGCUUUGAGGAGGUGGUGUGGACCAAGUUCAACACGAAAGACAAGCAGUAUCUCCACAUCGGCCUCAAGCCCCGGGUGCGGGACAACUACCGAGCCAACAAGGUGGCUUUCUGGCUGGAGCUGGUCCCACACCUCCACAACCUCCACGAGCCCCCCUACACGUCGACGACCACCCGCAUCCCCCCGUACGUCACCCGCUGGCCCGGCACGCGGGUGGGGCCCAGCACCACUCGCCGCCCCAUCCCCACCCUCCCUCCGGACGAGGACGACGUCGAGAGGCCCCAGCGCUACGUCCCCUUCCCGGGAGACUCCCGGGACUAUUCCACCGAGCUCAGCGUCACCGUGGCGGUUGGGGCCUCCCUGCUCUUCCUCAACAUCCUGGCCUUUGCCGCCCUCUACUACAAGCGGGACAAACGUCACGAGCUGAGGAGUGGCCGCCGCCUCAGCCCCCAGCGCAACGCGGCCAACGACUUGGUGCACGGCGGGCAGGAGGAAGAGAUCAUGUCUCUCCAGAUAAAGCACUCUGAGCACGACACCCAUGACCUGGAGCCGCUCCGGCCGCACGAAAUCUUGCGCCCCGCCUGCCCUCCCGACUACACGCUAGCCCUGCGCCGGGCUCCUGACGACGUCCCCCUGAUGACCCCCAAUACCAUCACCAUGAUUCCCAGCACCAUUACGGGUAUGCAAGCGUUGCAUCCUUUCAACACUUUCCCCACCGGACACAACAACACCCUCCCCCACCCUCACUCCACUACCCGCGUAUAGUUGUCCUCCGCCCCGCCCCCACCCCGUGUCCUCAGCCAUCUGGCUAUGGUGGUCACCCUAUCCACCCUGCUCAGAGAGGGAGGUGUCUUUCCUGCCACGUGGACGGGUCUUUUAUAUAACAUUGUGGGGAAAAGGCAGCUGGAGGGGGUCGGUGGAGACUCCUUCGUGCGGCGCGGAUGGGUUGGCGGUUCUUCGUCCAGUUCUGCUGGAUCCUGGAGCCUCCAUCCUCACCUGCAGCAUGGCAUGGCAUGGCACAGGAGGCGAAGGUGGCACAGAAGGCGAGUCCUCCUUUCAAGCCACUCAGACAGGUGACCGGGUUGCCAGGAUCCUUCCAGAGGUGGGAUUGGAACCAGCAUGAGCACCGUAGGGAGCUGCGAUCUACCUUCUACUCAAUUCGGACGGAUGAUGGGGAAGCCAAUAUCAUUCCAAAUCCACAUGUGGGUUUUGGUGCUCAGGGCACUGGAGAGAAAGAAAGACCUGCCAUCCUCGCUUCUUCUUGUCUGGAUGACGGAGACAUCCAUGUCCUUCCCAGCAAUGGCAUGAGGCUAAGGGAGCACUGGAGAGAGCGAGAGCGAGAGCGCAGUGGCCGCUUGCUCCGUGUGCAUAACUGACCAGAACGGCAACUCCUUUGCCACUCACCGUUAUUAACGAAAGAGGGGCCAGCAGUAUACUCAACUUGGAUGGAUGUUGGGGAAGCCAGUCGCUCACGCAAAAGGCUUCCAGAGUUUGGAGCAAGGGAGAGAGAAAGAGACUAGCAUCUACUGUCAAUGGUGAAGACACCCGCCUUUGUUCACCGCUGCAUUCUCAGCACCGGGCCGCCCCGACGAGUGGCAGAGGUGGUCAUCUUUUGUCCAGCCUGGCAAAUGAGCCAAAUUGUCUUCAGAGUCAAGAGGGAGCUGGAAUGAGGAUGGAAGGCAAAAUCCUUCUCUGUCCUGUCCUUUGUGGCCUCCCCCUUCGCUUGUGUCUGUGGGGACAGUGCCGGUGUUCUGUCCUUCUGAGAGAGGCUGGUCACCCUCCUUAUCCAGCUUGGGGGGUGAGGGAGUAGGCAGCACCUCCCUUCCCAAGAUGGUACCAGCACUUGAUAGCUGACCGGCCGUCAGGCAUUCCAUCCAGGCCGAGGGGGCGCCCCCCACGGGACAGAGAAGGUGUCCUCCCUUCCUUCUCACGGUCAUUGGUUGGGUGGUCAAGAUCCCAGCAUUUUCCUAGCACAAUCUGACCGUCCCCUUCUUGUCCCUGGGUCAAUAGAGCCACCGGCGUUCCCCCUCUUGUCUCUGUCCUCGUUCAGUGGCCUCCAGGAACGCCACGAGGCUCCGUCUGGAAAGCCUUCCCCGGAAUUGCUAGCCCGGCCACUGAAGCGGCCUUUACUAUCUCUGCAGUAGAAAAUGGGGUGGGGGUGGGGAACGACAUCUGGAAUUAAAUUCAUAAAGGGAGGGGGGGGCGGCAUGUUGUGCUAGCUUGUUUCCGAGGUGGAAAUCUGAAUGUAACAACUGGAAAUUCACUUAUGGGAAGGGAGAGGGAAAACUGACUUGUCUGUUGUUUCAGUGUGGGGUUUUUUGUUUUUUGUUUUAAACAAAACAACAACCUAGAGACUACCAGAGUGGGAAGGGAAAUGGGGAAGUUGUUAAAAAUGCAAAACAAAAUUGCUACGAUGACAAAGGUGCAUUGCAUGUUCCAAACUUCCUCUUCUUAAAAAAACAAAAUAUUUUUUAAGGAGCGGAGCAAGAAAAUGACUAACUGGCAGAUGAAAUCGGUGCCUCUGCAGCCUGUCUCUGGAAUCUCCUGCCUUUUGCUCCUGAGAGCCCCAUUCCCUGCUCCUUCCUCCUCCUCGAUCCUUUUCCUCUCUUCCCCUCUGUUGGGCCUGGAGGGCUGGACCUCUCUCCCUGCCCUUCCCUAUGGCCUGUGGUUUUGGAGGGGUAGUUCAAAGCAACUGGCGGCUCAGCCCAGGCAAGACUCCCGCAUGGAAAGAUAUCUGUUAGGGUGCUGCCCUCACACUUUUCGGGGAACAGAGGGCUCCUCUAAGAUCUGUGAGAAUCUCGGCUCUCCCUGCCUCCUGGGCAGCAGCUGGGAAAGCAAGUCCCAAGCCUUGGCCGUCCGAGACAGCAGGCCUGGCGGGGAGCACCAGAAGGUCAGGCGAAGAAGCUAGCAACCCCGAGAGCUCCGCGGGCGAGCAGGUCUUUGGGAUCUGGGAUCCCCCAAGUCAUCCUCACCCUCCAGACCCAGCCAUAGCUGCCCACCUGCCUGCCAUCGCCUGAGGGGGGAAUGGAGGAGGCUCCGGGGUGGGGUGGGGCUGUUGGGAAGAUGCCAGGGUGCAGCUCCUGGACCGUGCUCAGCAGCAGGGGAUGGCAGAGCUGCCUCCGCCCAGCAUCCUCUGCUGCACACCUCUUGGGUUGCGGGCCGCCUCUUGUGCAGUCGGGCUGGCCCUGUAGUCCUGCGAGGGCUCCGAGAAUGCCUUGCUAGCGCUCCAGAACUUUUCUGCAGAACUGCAGUUCCCACGGUUCCUGGUUUGGGAGGGGAAACGGCUCACUGGGUUUGCAUCCUUCGCCAGCGCCUUUGCCCCCACCCCCUCUUCAUUCCCGGAAGACUAGCGGCAUCUCCUUCCCCAGGCCACCAGCCACCUUCCUUUGUGGCCCAGUUCCUGCUCUGUGACGCGGGGAGAUCCCGUGGCCUGCCUCAAAUACCAGGUGCUCGUAGGCUUGUUUUGCUUGGCAGAGGCAAAUGAGUUCCACUUCGAUAGGAGGGCUAAGCCAGGGGCAUAGCUAGGGGAGAGGGGCCCCGUGUUUGACCCUCUCUCCGGCGGCCCCUUGGAGUGAGGGAGAUAAUGAAGAAAAUAGGGAGGGGUGGAGCUGGGGGGAAUCUCAGGAGCUGGUGGCCCAGUUCAUUGAACCCCUCCGCUCAGUUAUAGCGACACCCCUGGGCUGAGUGCUCAUAGUUGACCCACAUGGGGUGCAAUGAGGAGGAGGGGGCUUGGAAGUGGCAGUGUACCUUGGCGAGGAAGGCCGGGGACAUGUGUGAUGGAGAUGGGAUGAAAGUCUGGCAAUUCCCUACACACACACACACACACACACACACUAGGGUGGGGAUGUCGGUCCAGUAUCUAUGCCCCAUGUGUACCCGUCCAUCACACCCAAGACCACGCCAUCCACGCAGCAGUCGCUUUGCUCAGUUAAUGCCCAUCUUCCCAGCUCCAUAGACCUGAUCCUUCUUUCUUGCCUGCCUGUCCCUAUGAUAUGUGACUUGGCUUGCUUGCAUGAGCCAGCUGUUUGCUCCGGAGGGAGGCACUUUUCCUGCAAUGCGGCAUGCCUCCUUCCUGCUUGUCGCACACGUUGUAGUCUGGAUUGUGUUGGUGGAUUUGGGGAGGGGGACUGGUGGGUAGGUGGCGGUUCUUUGGGGGAGGCUGGACCAGCAGGCAUUUUGGUGUGUCCCCAGCUCUGUGACCCAUUCCUUCUUUGUUGCUCCCUUCCAUCCCACAAGGCACCAAGGGUAUCUCAUCUUCCCACCCUGCAAUGCGCGAAUGGAUGUGGCCACCUUUGGAUUCCUUUCUGUUCCGCCCAUCCGUGUUCCCCCCUCAUGUCUCUCCAGACAAACCUCCUUGAUUCCCUUGGAGGAGCCUUGUAAUCUUUUGGAUUUCAAUCCGCUCUUUCAGUUGGAUCCAGGGAUGUUACACUAGCUGAACCCAGAAAGCAGGAACGUGAUUCAUCCUCUUCAGAAAAGCACACCGUUUGUGGCUGUUUCUCGUUCUCUCUCCCCCUCUGCUGCCUUCCUCUGUUUUUGUGCCUCUGCCGCUAAUUGUGGGAGAUUUUGUUUCUUUUAUUUAUUUAUUUCCUUCUUUCUAAAAAUAUUCUGGUGAAGGGAAGGACCAAGGAGGAAACAAAGGUUGGGUGGGAUGGGGGGAAUGUUUCGGUCUAAGCCAUUCUGAGACUCCAUCUAACUUCGCAAUGUUUCAUGUUGGUUUCCUUUUUUUAAAAAAAGAAUUUAUUAUAAAUAUAAAUAUAUAUAUAUAUAUAUAUAUCCAUUUUUUUAAAAAAGGAAAACAAUUAUUUUGUAAAAAAUAAUAAUAAAAAAGCAAAAUCUGUGCCAAACUCAGCAAACGUGUGGGGGCGGUGGGUGGGCUUAUUUCUUUUGGGGGAGUUUUCUUUGGUUUUGCGACUCGGGUUUGCUGGGGUUCAUGUGAAAAUGUCUGUGCCAAGGAGCAGAACGCAGUUUUCUGACAUCGGUCGCACCUCCAGCAGAGAGAUGUCAACGCCUUACACUGUUGCCAAACGCCACCCGCCUGCCCACCUGCCCCCCCCCACGCACCCAAUAGCAUCAACUGCACUAUCUCAGAUCCGUCCGCCGGCGGAGAAAAGCACAGGCCGUUUUGUUUGGGAAUCCAAGAUGGCAGCCGGAGUGUGCUCCAAUCCAAUAUGGCCGCCUGUGGGAGCAUGUCCUGUGGACAACAUCAAAUAUGGCCACACAACAGCCACCCUUGCUCUAAAUUUCCAACAUGUCUGACUGUGGCAAACUUACAAAAUCAAAGAUUUCUGCCUGGGGAGACCCUGUUGUUUUGUACAACCCAAUUAUGUCGUCGUCCUUCUUCUUCUUCUUCUUCUUCUUCUUCUUCUUCUUCUUUUCUUUUAAAAUGGAAGGCCACUAGCUGGGAACCUCUCUUGUUUUCUAAAGCUGAAUAUGGGUUCCUUUGGUUUACUUCCUGUUCCACCAUCCAGGGUGGCCAUCUGGGAAACACUCCUAUGGUUUUCUAAAAUGGAGCAAGGCCUCCUUCAGGCUCAUUCCCAGUUUAUAAGCAGACAUGGCCACCUUGGGGAGUGUGUGUGUAUGUGUGUUUGUGUGCUAUUUUAUUUUUUUCUGUUCUGACAUUUCAACAUGGCCACCGCUGAGAUCCCUUCCUUGGACUACAAUCAAGAUGGCUGUUCUUGAGGGAGUUCCUAAAUUGCCAUGCGCUCAAGAGUGCCACAGUCAGGGAUGGAGGAAGAGGCCUUUUGACUCAGUGACCCCUAAAAUGGCUGCCAAGAACAUCACUGCUUCAGGCAGCACAAAAAGGAUGGCUGCGCCUGUUCCCUUCUUUCCCCCUCACAAACUGGAGAAUAUCUAUUUUUAUGAGACUUGGAUUUGGGGCCAGGAGGGGGUUUAUUUUGAAAACCCUUCCUGCACCCCCUGGCCACCACAGACUUCUCUUGCACCACCGAUCAGAGCCCCUGCAAAAUCCUUCAGACUCUCUUCUAGCCCGCCCCCCCCUCCAGAAAGAAGGACUAUUUUCUCCAGCUUCUGGGAGAAUAUGCGAUAAAAACAAAACAAAAAGGUGGUGCUCUCUUUUUUUGUUGUUUGUUUGUUAUGAUUGACGGUGGAUUAACACCUCUGGGGAUUGUGCCCCCCCCAAAGAAGAUGAACUUGGGGUGCAGCGGGGGGGGGAGGCUGGGGUCUGAGCUGAGAUGCUGUACACAUUUUUAAACCUUGCAAGAAAUGGAAAAUGAUAUUGUAAAUAUAAAAAAGAUUUAACUGUUGAA